AGAAAAUAAAUUCCUCUGCCGUGAGUGGUGUAGAAUUCAGUGGGUUGUACCCCAAUAAAAAGCAGUUUUUCAUUAUUUGUAAAUUUUGCUGGAGUAUUAGCAGCCAUUUCCAUAACACUGUUGCCACCCCGUUUCUGAACACAAACUUUUGUAAGCAAGAGAUUACCAGAACCUUUGAAGAUUCUAAUUUCCUUUGGAAAAGAAAACCAGCCUUGAAACCAUGUGCCUUCAAAACACAGUUAUUCUGCAAUGUGUUAUCAUACCAUGACAGGUACUUCAUGAGGGAGGAGACUAUUUUAAUCUUUCUGCUCACAUUUUUAGGCUGUGGAAAAUCUCCCUAGCACGGAAUUGUUGAUAACAGUUUGUAACACAAAUACUCAAACCAGGCAAUUUCUCAGGAGCAUGUCUGUCUUCCCGUGGAAUGGUUGCUCCUUCCAGUGCGAGGGAGAGUCGGGAGUGUGCCGGCAGGUGUUGGGUAAGGGGAGCGAACAUCUGGAGCAGGUGGGACACGCUGGCAGAUGUGGGCACUGCAGCCUGUGCUUCUUAGGCAAGUGGACCGGAUUACUUUGAGUUCCCAGCUAAGAUUUCUAUGUGUGCCUAAUUCUGCUGUUUGUUCUGCAGGCUUGUUUUGAAGCACAAACGUUGUUUACAUGUAACCUGACUAACAUUCUUGAAAACAUAUAGACUCAUAGGAGGCAAAGCACAUUGGUUCUUUUUAACAAUGGAAUGUUUUCAAGAGAAGACUGUAGUCCGUGAAAGCAGCAAACUGAAACCCUCCACAAUCCAUUCAGUAGAAGCAAGAGGAAACAUUCUGCCUUUGGGGGAGGAAAAGCACUGUAUCUUUAAAUUCCUAUUUACACCCCGGGAAAAGGUGUCCUGUUACGGCAUAAGUAACUACGCGCUGUUGCCAGAAGUGACUUCUGACUUCCCGACUCCCGCUCACGUGUGCCCAGUGCUCGGCAGCGAUUGCGUGGCUGCCGGAGUGACCUCUCACACAGCCUUCUCCAGGCAAGGUUAACCCUCGGAAUGCGCAGCAAUCUUCCUCACGCUCUCGCUAAGCGCAAGAAAAGAAGCCGGACCACAGUCUGACGGCAGACUCCCGCUACAGCUAGGCUGAUUUAGCACCAACUUGCAUCCUGCUUCACAGAAGUACUGUGGGAGCUGGGAGGCUGCAGCCAUGCUCCCUUCCCACGCUCUCCUGCCCGCUGUGGUGUUUGCACUCACAGCCCUUCAGGCCCUUGCCUCUGACACCUUCAUCGCAGCCGUCUACGAGCACGCCGUCAUCCUGCCGGAUCCCACCGAGGAGCCCGUUUCUCCCAGCGAUGCUUUGGCCCUGAUGAACAAAAACAUGGAUGUCUUGGAAGGGGCCAUCAAGGAAGCUGCCCAGCAGGGUGCCCACAUCAUUGUGACUCCUGAAGAUGGCAUCUAUGGCUGGCGAUUCACAAGAGAAUCCAUCUACCCCUACCUGGAGGAUAUCCCUGAUCCGGUGGUGAACUGGAUUCCCUGCACCGACCCCUCAAGAUUUGGUGCAGCACCAGUGCAGGAACGACUCAGCUGCAUGGCCAGAAAUAACUCCAUCUAUGUGGUUGCAAAUAUCGGGGACAAGAAGCCGUGUGACUCCAGUGAUCCCGGCUGCCCCGGGGACGGUCGCUACCAGUACAAUACGGAUGUCGUCUUUGACUCACAGGGGAAACUGGUGGCUCGUUACCACAAGUAUAAUCUCUUUUUAGGUGAAACUCAGUUUAAUUAUCCAAAAGAGUCAGAAGCUGUCACCUUUGAGACUCCUUUUGGGAAGUUUGGCAUUUUCACUUGCUUUGACAUCCUUUUCUAUGAGCCUGCUGUGGUCCUGGUGAGCAAGAUGCAGGUGGACACUGUGCUCUUCCCGACAGCUUGGAUGAAUGUCCUGCCCUUUCUGACUGCAAUUGAGUUCCACUCUGCCUGGGCUAUGGGCAUGCGUGUCAAUGUCUUAGCCGCCAAUACUCACAACACUAGCAUGGAAAUGACAGGAAGUGGCAUUUAUGCACCAGCUGGAGCCAGAACAUACUCCUACAACAUGAAAACCGAAGAUGGUCACCUCCUCAUUGCUGAACUAGAUGCACACCCUCGUCUUUCUCCUGCCUCCCCGCCUGCUGUCAGCUGGAACUCAUAUGCUUUGAGUGUUGAAAAAUUCUCACAAAAUGACCAUGAAUUCACAGGAAUCAUUUUUGAAGACCCCUUUACUUUCACGGAGCUCACUAAGCCUGGGGGGAAUCUCACUGUCUGCCAAAAAGACCUCUGCUGUCACUUGAGAUACAAGAUGGCAGAGAAAAGAGAUGAUGAAGUUUAUGUGCUGGGUGCUUUUGAUGGCCUUCAUGUUAUUGAAGGACAGUACUAUCUGCAGAUCUGCACUCUGCUCAAGUGCCCAAGCACAAACCUGAGCACGUGUGGGCAGCCUGUGGAGACAGCUCAGACCAAGUUUGAGCUGUUCUCCCUCAGCGGCACGUUUGGCACCAGCUACAUCUUCCCAGAAGUGUUGUACAGCGGGGUGCAGCUGGCCCCCGGGGAGUUCGAGGUGCUAACUGACGGACGUCUGAUAAAUCGGAAUGCUACAUCAAAGCCAGUUUUGAGUGUGACACUCUUUGGGAGGUGGUAUGAAAAGGACCCUUCAAACAAAGAUCAAGCUUCACCAUGAUUUCAUCGCACAUCUUCAAGCUUUCAUCAACUUGUUUCUGUAACACUAAUUAAUCAAAAUAAUGGCAAUUAAUACUAAUAUUCCUAAUUAAAAUGGCAUUCUAUUUCUCAAA